GUUUGAUUUGUAGUAAACAUAUUUGCACGUGUAAACAACAGGGCUGUUUUUCGAGAUGACUUUCACAUACCGUGUGCUGCUCAAACCAAGUGAUAUUUGUUUUAAAAAGAAGCUACUGCCUUCUUCAUUCGAUGAUGGAAUUCCGGUGCGAGAGACGCUACAACAACUUGCAAACGAGGAAAUUCUCAUCGAAGACCUGCCGAGCAUUGAUGUUAUUUGGUGUCAGAAAAAGUGGGUUUGGUACACCCUGAAUAAUCGACGCUUGUGGGUGUUUCGUGAGCUUGAAAAGCUUGGAAAAUGCCAGUAUAUUGCAACAAGACGUGUCGAGAAUAUCGAGCAUGUGACUGACUUCCUUUUGUACGGUUCUGCAGAGUUGAUUGGCGAGAGCAAUAUUGUUGAGUGGGAUGAGGACGGCUUUAGAAUAACCCUCUUUAAUAGUGAUGCAAAGAAAGCUACAAGCCCUGACUGCUCUACAGAGGAAGCCACAACUCCCGCUGGUCGCAAAGAAGUGAAAGAUGAAACUCAAGAAGUAAAAGAGGAUGCUAAAAUUCGUCGAGAUUGGCGAGAAAUGACGCCUUUGACCGUAACAGUGCGUUGGAAUGAAGCCGACAAAAGUGAUGUAGACGAUGAAAGAGUGGUGACACCCGAUCCAGAUAAUAAAAAGCCCGAUAAACAUGAAGAUGAUAGUCGUGAAAAGCUUGCUGAAAGUGAGGAGAGCCAAAGAGAGCGCAAAGAUUCUGGUUUAUAUUCCGCCUCAUCCUGUGGCAGAACGUCGCCUCGAGACCUCACCGAUAACGAAACAGAAUAUGAAACCGUGUUCAGCGAAACGGAAUUCUCUGAGGAAAGAAAAUCUAGCAGCCGACGUUUUAGCAGGUUCGACCGCGAUCGGCCGUCCAGAAGGAAUGUUCGUUUAAGCAAGGUUUCCUCGACGUUGCCCUCGAGAAGUUAUGCUCGCUCCUAUUCUGUACCUCCUUCAAGCAGAAUUUCCAAGCCUAGUACAAGUACAAGAGCGAGAAGAACAAGACGAAGCAGGCCACGACGUAAAAGUGUUUCUCGUCUGCCAACUUCUGAAGCUUUGCGUGCCUUGAUGUUCUGUCGUAGAGAUAUGUACGACCGUUUGAUGCUAUUGCUACACCACGGUAGAAUGUCGAGAUUAGAGCAGCUUGCUUUGAAGACAAAGUUGAUGAAUACUUGUGGCUUUUGUUUUAAAAGUUUCAGAGAAGGGGUGAGUCUCUCCCAGCACAUUGAGGAGCUGAAACAUUGGGCAUGCACGCGUUGUGGAAAGUAUUUUGAAAGCUACACUGCACUGGGACAGCAUAAAUUAGCUCUCGAGCACUGUAAUGUUCACUAAGUUUUGUGCACAGUGGAGGUAAUAAACAUUUACUAAAAGUAAAAGACAUUAUAUUACCGCUAAAAUUAGAGAAUAUUAAUAUGUUGUGUUGCUGCAAUAUAAUAUAUGGACGGCGUUGUUGUUGGUUGAAUUGUACGGACUGUAAUUUACAUUCCAUUGUAAAUAAUGUACUAUUGUUUUGUGGUGAAAUAAUAUUUUGAGUGGGUCUUCCGGUGUGCAUUAGUAAUCAGAUAAAGU